GUCAUCAAUCUCGUUGCAUUUCGUGAUAUAAAAUCGUAGUACGCGAAGAGUACUCGCGACAGUAUAUUUUCACACUUGGAACUAGUAAAUUGUUUUGCAUCGAUUACGACGAUCAGUUUUGUUAAAAAAAAAUGUUUUACACUUUGGUGAUGGUGUUGUGUUCAAUUGUGGCACUUUUAGUGCUGUUGGAUUUCUUGGUUAAAAAUUUUACGACCUAUAAAAUUGCAAAAUUAUCACAAGGGCCACCAAUGUAUCCCAUUAUUGGUUCAACGCAAUUUCUGUUCAGUUCUCAAGAGAAUACCUUCAAAAUGGGAACAAGUUUAUGUAGUAAAUACCCAAGUGGGUUUAUGUACUGGACUUUUGGAAUUAUGGUUUAUCAUAUAUAUUCGGCCGAUUCAUUCGAGAGAAUCGUCACAAAUCCGAAGCACAUUGAAAAAAGUUUUACGUACAAAUUUUUGCAUCAAUUGCUGGGCACUGGUCUGCUAACGAGCACCGCUGAGAAGUGGUUUGCACGUCGAAAACUUCUAACUCCCGCAUUCCAUUUCAAUAUAUUGAACGGAUUCCAAUCAACGUUCAAUGAACAAACGGAAAUCUUAUUGCGUGAAAUUCGAAAGAAUGAAGUUAACAAUCCAGAAGGCACCCAUUUACAAAAACUAAUCUCGAGGUUUACUCUGAAUACAAUUUGUGAGUCCGCAAUGGGAGUGAAGCUAACAAAAAUCGAUGAAUUAGAUGAUUAUCGCAGCAAAAUCAAUGCGAUUGGAAAGUAUCAAGUGGAAAGAAUGACUGUGCCAUGGUUUUUGAUAGAUUGGCUCUAUAAUUGGUUUGGAAAUGGUUCGAAGGAAAACCAAUUGACCGACCAAGCUCAUGCAUUCACUGGCGGUGUUAUAGCGACAAAACGCAAGGCUUUCCUUGCAAACCAAAAACAACAGAAUGCUACCGAAGGAGAAGAAAAUGAUAGCUACACAAAGAGAAGGCAUGCAAUGUUGGACACCCUACUAAUGGCCGAACUGAAUCAAAAGAUUGACCGAGCAGGAAUUCAAGAGGAAGUUGAUACUUUCGUUUUUGAAGGUUUUGAUACUACAAUGACUGCCAUCACAUUUAUUUUGCUUGCCAUCGCAAAUCACGAAGACGUACAACAGAAGCUGUAUGAAGAAAUUAAAGCGCACGAAGGCGAACCAAAUUACAAUAAUCUAACGUACAUGGAUGCUGUUAUCAAAGAGGCUCUCAGACUGUACCCGGCAGUGCCGUUUAUUGGACGAAUUCUAGGCGAAGAUACGGUUAUCGAUAACGUCAAAUUGCCAGCUAAAACAAUCAUUCACAUAAUCAUCCAUGUGCUGCAUCGUGACCCAGCAAACUUUCCCGACCCAGAAAAAUUCCAACCAAAUCGCUUUUUGAAUAACGAAGUACGACAUCCAUUUGCUUACGUUCCAUUCAGCGCCGGCCAACGAAAUUGCAUAGGUCAAAAAUUUGCCAUGAUGGAGCUUCGUACGGUGGUUGGAGAGAUAGUCAAAAACUUUGAGUUGAAACCCAUAACAAAGACUGAAGAUGUGGUCAUCAUAUCGGACUUGAUUCUGAGAGCCAGAGACCCAAUUCGUGUUAAAUUUGUCGCCAGAAGCCAAAAUUGAUUUAUUAUUUAAAUUCAAAAUAAAAUAUUGUUACGCAUCUAGUUGUUACAUGUAUAAAAA